GCUAUUGUUCCCAACCCACUCCUACCUAAUAUGGAAUUCGCAAGGAAACCCAUGAUUUCCUGACACAGACAUAGCAAACCCCGCGAGGAGGACUAGGGAGCGCGAAUCUGAAGAAUUUAGAGGAGAGAGGCAGGCCCACAAAAGCCGGUCAAAAUGUUCGUGUGCUCGGAGUUGGAAUCUAUAUCGUGACCGGAUGGUGUGUGCGCGGCUGAGCAACUGAUUUCGUGAAUUCGCCAUAGGUCUCUCCCGUGAGCUACAGAGGUGUGGACCAACAACUUAGGUCAUCUCAUUCUACACAAUAAGGGUGUGGCAAUAAACAUAGCGACCUGUUAUCACGGCACUUUUGAUAACAAUACGGGACCUUCAGAAGCAAAACAGCAAAGUUGUUUAUGAUCCGUUUGCGCACGGGAUUCUGCGCAGCGUGUCCACUGAAUAGACAAUUUACAGUGAAAGCAGACGUGUGUGGAUUUUACGUCUGCCAUGCCUACCCGCCGGAUUAGGCAGAAUGCCACAGCCCUGACUGAAGAAGGGGGUAAAAAUGACAGUAUUGGACACACUGUGAAAAAGAUGUUAAAGUGCGUGGUUGUGGGCGACGGAGCUGUGGGCAAAACCUGUUUGCUGAUGAGCUACGCCAACGAUGCUUUCCCAGAGGAAUAUGUGCCGACCGUAUUCGAUCAUUAUGCAGUGAAUGUGACUGUGUCUGGGAGGCAGCAUCUACUGGGACUGUAUGACACUGCAGGACAGGAGGACUACAACCAGCUGAGACCACUGUCCUACCCAAACACGGACGUCUUCCUCAUCUGUUUCUCUGUGGUCAACCCAGCCUCCUACCAUAACGUCCAGGAGGAGUGGGUCCCAGAGCUCAAGUCCUGCAUGCCCCACAUCCCCUACAUUCUCAUUGGGACACAGAUUGAUCUUCGAGAUGACCCCAAAACCCUGUCCCGGCUACUUCAGAUGAAGGAAAAGCCGUUGACUUACGAGCAGGGCCUUAAACUGGCCAGAGAGAUCGGGGCCCAGUGUUACCUGGAAUGUUCGGCACUGACUCAGAAGGGCCUGAAGACGGUGUUCGAUGAGGCCAUCCUGACCAUCUUCAGCCCUAAGAAGAAGAAGACUGGCUGCUCGCCCUGCAGGAGUUGCUGCACCAUAGUAUGAAGAGUCUUCAGGGAGCUCAUCUCUCCUCUCUCCUUCAACCACCUCCUCCACCACCACCACCACCACCCAUCCACACAGGAACUUCUGCACCACAAUAUGAGGUGUCCUCAGGGUGCUCCUCUUUCACCAUUGUAUGAGGAGUCCUCAUCUAUCUAUCUAUCUAUCUAUCUAUCUAUCUAUCUAUCUAUCUAUCUCUAUCUGCCAUCAAAGUUUGCUGUUUCCCUCUUCCUCUGCCCUCCUAUGAGUGGUCUCAGGAAAGCCAAACCCCUCUCAGCAUCCAGGAAAUUUGAAGAGCUGACACUCAUCAUUGUACACUCCUCCGUCAGCAGCACCAGUGACCACCGGAUCCCGGGGACAUCAGUAGUGCCUUUUCCUCCCAUCACUCUCACAGGCACAAUAAGCACACACUGCCCUCACCCUGUCGGGAGAGAGACAGCCUUCAUUGACGGGAUUGUAGCCCCUUCUCACCCCCCAGUACUCUGUGCCCUGCAGAUUUGUCGAAGGGCCAACCUUUGCACUCCUAGAAAUCAAACGGUCAUCUCUCCUCCAGACUUGCGGUUGUUUGAUCGCUUGAACCGCCGUGUGCGUCACAGACUUUUCUCGAGGCCUGUGAGAAAAUGGAGAAAAUCCAUUCCACCACUGCUACUGCUGCGGCACCCGCUCCCUUCCUCACCCCAUCCUCCCCAUACAUGGUGUUUGUUUUUGUUUUUUUCCUUCGUCUUCUUCUUCUUCGUGGCGAGGGAUCGAUAGAGUGCUCUUUGCAGAGUCAAUGCCUUCACAGUCCGAGCCAGUUAAUAAGGCAGAUCCUCAGGGGGAGCGUAGCGGACCGGGGCGUCAAUAAGGAGACAGCUGUUACGGAGCGGAGCUGUGUGGAGAGCUGAAGGAGCGAAAGAGCGAGAGAAAUAAAUGAGUGAGAGAGAGAGAGAGAGAUAGAGAGAGAGAUGAAAAGAGACUGAGAGCAUCUGAGACGGUACCCUCAUCAAAUGAUUCAGUGUUUAAGUGGGUCGUUUCAAAUGAACUGUUCCUAGUCACACACACACACACACACACACACACACACACACACACACACACACAGCUCGAGCUAAGCAUCUUGUGCUUCCGCUGUACAGUUCUUUAUAUCUGAUUUGAGUGCCGAGAUGAUUUCAGUAUCGGCGAAGGAAGAUUGUAAUUUGUAAUGUAAUGGAAGAGAGGAUUAAGGGAAAAUAAUGGAUGUUAUCUUUCAUCAAGAAACUGUAACAUCAAGUACAUACCUGAGGACUGCUACCAAAUGACUUUAACUAAUGUGAACACAAGUGUUAAAGAGACAUAAAUGUGUUUGAUUCAUCAGAGGACACACACACACUCUCCCACACACAUGAUAAGAUACUGUAAGCAAGACACACCCAAAGAGGCUUGCUCAUCCCACGAGCUCUGAGGGCUUUCAAUGUUUGCUGAGGUCACAAACUCCACAGAAAGUGUCAGAUUACAAGUUUUCCAAAGGAUAUGAGCAAACGUCCACAGGGCAGAAUCUGCACUUCCCCCAUGACCUUCUGUCUGUUAACUGGAGGAGCUUUCUGAGAGCUUUCUCCGAGUCACGCUGACAAAUAGGAGUGUAAAUGAAUGUCGUCGUCCAGUGCUUGUUUCACCUAUUCUUAGACACACAGUCUCCACAAACAGAGCAUCUCACACAUACACACACAUACACACUUUCCACAAACACUGGCUAACUGUUCCAGCCUCCCUACAGCCCAUUUCUCUCUACACACAUACACACAACCCUUCUCCA